ACCACUCUAGUGGUACGGUACGUGUGUAUCCAAAUUUAAUUAUCGGUACAAUAACAUCGAUACCUCAGAGAGAGAUCCUACAUUUGUCGCCUCAGUUCAAAGAAGCAAACGAAUACAAACAAUAGCAUGCAAAGACGCUCAGCGGCACUUGCCCUAUCCUACAUCUCAGUACCGUACGAACACUGACUGGCGUCGUCCUAAUAUAUUAGGCCUAUAGUUAUAUCAUGGAGCAAUAGUUUAUUACUCCAUGGUUAUAUAGACUAUAAAGUAAUAAACCAUCAAUUAUCCACCAAGAGUGACCAUGGAAUCUCUGAGGCCUUUGCAAACCCUGGCUGACUUGCAGGAUGCAUUGAGUGCAGCAAGAACAGACUACAACCACUCAUCAGUCAAGGGAGUGACCAACAAGAAACACAUCAGAAAUUCAAAGAAAAUGGCGUUCAAGUCGUCAUUUGUAGCAAAGUCAAAUCAUACAGAAAGAUCUGAAACAGUGGACACCAAGAAGCAAUUGGAAGUUGACCAAGCUGUGGCAGCAUCUGAUGACAGAGAGACUGAAGAACGUCAUAUCCAGAUAUUUGUUUCUAAUCCAGUAAAGGAGAGUCUCUGUCUGCAACUUCAUCCAUCCACCACCAUCUCUGACUUGAAAGAAAUAAUACAGGAAAGACUAAACAUCCAAGCAAAAAAUCAGCAUCUUGUCACUAAGAGGGGCAUUGAGCUUUGUGACAAACAGUCUCUGAUUGUGCUUGGCAUUCAGCAAGAUACCAACCUAGAGUUACGUCAAGUUGCUGGGUUGAUGGGCGGUACAAGAAAGCAAAAAUCGGGAAGUGGGCAGGGAAAAAAGUUUAAAAUAGCCAAGAUACAAUUUCAAGAUGAGCAGGAAACAAAGACUAGCUCCAAAUCAAAACAAGAAGAUGUCACUGAGUCUAUGGACCUUUCUUGUACUUUUGCUGGCAUCCCUUGUACUUCUACUAGUGCAGUCCAGUCACAGAGAACUUCUCCUAGAACAGGGGCUAAGAACACAAGGGGAAGGAAAGAACAAAUGAAGCAUCAAUCUCGAGAAGGACUUGCAACUCAACAGAGUGUAUCUACUGAGAAACAAGAUUGCUUAGUCCAGUCUCAGAGAACGUCUCCUAGAACAGGGACCAUUCCUAAGAGCACAAGAGGAAGGAAGGAACAAAUGAAGCCUCAAUCCCGAGAAGGUCUUGUAACUCAACAGAGUGCCUCUACUGAGAAACAAGAUUGCUUAGUCCAGUCCCAGAGAACUUCUCCUAGAACAGGGGCCAUUCCUAAGAGCACAAGAGGAAGGAAGGAACAAAUGAAGCAUCAAUCUCGAGAAGGACUUGUAACUCAACAGAGUGCCUCUACUGAGAAACAGGAUUGCUUAGUCCAGUCUCAGAGAACUUCUCCUAGAACAGGGACCAUUUCUAAUAGCACAAGAGGAAGGAAGGAACAAAUGAGGCCUCAAUCUCGAGAAGGACUUGUAACUCAACAGAGUGCCUCUACUGAGAAACAAGAUUGCUUAGUCCAGUCUCAGAGAACUUCUCCUAGAACAGGGGCCAUUCCUAAGAACGCAAAAAGAAGAAAGGAACAAAUGAAUCCUCAAUCUCAAACAAAAGCAAAACCUCAUUUUAGUGCCUCGGUCAUUUUUGAAGAAGCACCCAAACCUCAUAAGAGUGCCUUGGUCCAUUUGCCAGAGGAACCUAAACCUCAUCAGAGUGCCUGGGUCCAUUUACCUGAGGAACCUAAACCUCAUCAGAGUGCCUCGGUCCAUUUGCUAGAGGAACCUAAACCUCAUAAGAGUGCCUCGGUCCAUUUACCUGAGGAACCUAAACCUCAUCAGAGUGCCUCAGUCCAUUUGCCUGAGGAACCUAAACCUCAUCAGAGUCCCUCGGUCCAUUUACCUGAGGAACCUAAACCUCAUCAGAGUGCCUCGGUCCAUUUACCUGAGGAACCUAAACCUCAUCAGAGUGCCUCGGUCCAUUUGCCUGAUGAACCUAAACCUCAUCAGAGUGCCUCAGUCCAUUUGCCGGAGGAACCCAUACCGCAUCAGAGUGUGUCGUCUACAGCAAAUGAGAUAGCUUCAAACUGUGACAGUAAAGAUUUAGUUCCUGCAAUUCACCAAGACCUAGCAAUGAGAUCACAAUCAUCUGAUGCGCUUACCUUAGUUAAUCACCAAUCACAGGCAAUGGUGAACAACAUGUCAAUUGGAGAGGGUAGUAAUGUCUUUAUGGCCGAUGCUUCUGGAAUAACCUUCAAGAAAAAGGUCAUGCAACAUGUAUCUGUAACAGUAAUGCCACACCCCAAUCAUCAAGACCAAGCUAUUGCAGAAGUGACUGGAGAGGCAUUGAAGCUAGUGGACAUGACUACAGGAGCCCCAAACCCCGAUCCUCAAGCUCAAGCUAUUUUAGAUGAACUUCCAGAGGCAUUGAAGCAAGUUUACAUGAAUACAGGUAGCUUUGUACCUAUGCUCCCAUUGGUUGAUGAUGAUAAGAUGCACAUAAUGGACAUCUACACUAAGCUUGUUUUAGUUGAACUUGUUGAUAAGAAAGGGAAGAUUGAGAAAGAGCCAAUACAAAUGGAAUCAUAUGAAGACAUUUUCCAUGUCAAAACACGGGAGGGCAAUCCCAUCAAACGUGUUGUUUUUAGUGGAUCGGCAGGUCUUGGAAAGACGACUCUUUGUGACAAAAUCGCUUAUGAUUGGGCAGUUGGUAAGAGUGAGAUACUCAAAAGGUUUGAACUUGUUUUUGUUUUGAAAAUGCGUGCACUUACUACAACUACAGACCUACCGACUGCUAUCUCGGAGCAGCUCUUAGAGCAAGAAACGGUCAAAAGGUCUGAUUUAAAAGGGUUUAUUGACAAGAACCAAGACAAAGUGUUGAUUCUCUUGGAUGGGUUUGACGAACUCAGAACCACUAAGCUGAAAGAGUCUUCAUUUGGUUCAAUUUUUAAGGCUCUUAAUCGAAAGCAGUACAAAAAAUGCUGGGUAGUUAUCACAUCUCGUCCUCCCCUUGACCAACUACUCAGCUCAUCAUUGGUUGAAAAGCCAUUCACUCAUGUGGAAGUUGAGGGGUUUUCAUGUGGGGAUAUUGAGAAAUAUGUGAAUAAAUUCUUCCCUGAUGACCUUGAGAAUGUUAGGAAGCUGAUAGAGAAGAUACAAUCUUCUAAAGUUUUGUCUGAUUUGGCAAAGAGUCCAAUGCUGCUGCUUUUGAUGUGUUUGCUCUGGAGAGAGUCAGGACAACUCCCAAUCACAAUGACUCGGCUAUACAACGAUGCAUUGAAUUACAUAUUCAGGAGAAAAGCAAAAGACUUGUCACAAGAUGAAAUAUCACAAAUAUUGAUUUCAAUUGGAAAGGUUGCUCUACAUGGGUUAAUAUCUAGAAAUAAGUCUCUUUCCUUUGAAGAAAAAGAUUUUGACAAGAAAGCAUUCGAUGCAGCAAUACGUGCAGGUGUUCUCACUAGCGAAAGGGUCUUGAAGGUAGUAGACCCUCAUAACAAUGUGUAUUUUAUAGACAAAACUUUCUUGGAAUUCUGUGCUGCAUUGUAUUGGCAAAGUUUAAUUAACACUGUGGAAUUUGAAGGAAUCCUUGUUCAGGUCUGCAGUGACACAGGGAAAUAUCAUUCUCCGUACGAUUAUCUAUUAAGGUUUUGUUGUGGUGACAAUGAGAAAUGUACAAACAAAGUCUUGCAGAAACUGCAGAAGAAUAAUCACCCAAGGUUGGGUCUUAUUUGUUACUUUGAGAGUCAGUCCAAGCGUUUACCAUCGGAGGAUUUCAUCAAUGCAGUUGUGAGUACUGAAAUUAGAAUAGAUGGAUGGAAUAGCGACUGGUUGAAAUCCUUCUUCCACUUAGUGAAGCAAAUUAUUAAUCAGUCAAUUAUCCAAGAAAGUGCCUACCUUCCCAGUGUAAUUGAGCUUCUCAUAAUGCACUGUGACCUACGGAGGUUUGGUAGUGAGUUAGCAAAUUGUUUUACGAAUAUGACUGCUUUUUCUAUUCUUAAUCUGAUUUCUUCCAACGUGGGUGGUUCUGCAUCAUUGUGGGCUACUCAUUUGAAGAGAAUGAUGCACCUCUACAAUCUGAGAUUGACAAACUGCAUCUUGGUAUCGGAAGACAUGGCCCCUAUGGGCAUCAUUAUGGGCUACUCAUUUGAAGAGAAUGAAGACCUCAAGAAUCUGAGACUGAGCAACUGCAAAUUGAUAGGGGAAGACAUAGCCCCUAUUGCUGAGUCAGUGAGUGACAUGUCAACUCUAAUUGAUCUGGAUCUGUCUGAGAAUGACACCUUGGGUGGUUGUGCAUUAUUGUGGGCUACUCAUUUGAAGAGAAUGAAGCACCUCAAGAAUCUGAGAUUGACAAACUGCAGGUUGGUAUGGGGAGACAUGGCCCCUAUUGCUGAGUCAGUGAGUGACAUGCCAACUCUUAUUAAACUCGAUCUGUCUUCUAAUCAUUUCUUUAGUGGUUGUGCAUCAUUAUGGGCUACUCAUUUGAAGAGAAUGAAGCACCUCAAGAAUCUGAGACUGAGCAACUGCAAAUUGAUAGGGGAAGACAUAGCCCCUAUUGCUGAGUCAGUGAGUGACAUGUCAACUCUGAUUGAUCUGGAUCUGUCUGAGAAUGACACCUUGGGUGGUUGUGCAUUAUUGUGGGCUACUCAUUUGAAGAGAAUGAAGCACCUCAAGAAUCUGAGACUGAGCAACUGCAAAUUGAUAGGGGAAGACAUAGCCCCUAUUGCUGAGUCAGUGUGUGACAUGCCAACUCUGACUAAACUGGAUCUGUCUAAGAAUGAAACCCUGGGUGGUUGUGCAUUAUUGUGGGCUACUCAUUUGAAGAGAAUGAAGCACCUCAAGAAUCUGAGAUUGACAAACUGCAGACUGAUAGGGGGAGACAUGGCCCCUAUUGCUGAGUCAGUGAGUGACAUGUCAACUCUGAUUGAUCUGGAUCUGUCUUGUUAUCACGUCUUGGGUCAUUGGGCAUCAUUGUGGGCUACUCAUUUGAAGAGAAUGAAGCACCUCAAGAAUCUGAGAUUGACAAACUGCAGCUUGGUAUGGGGAGACAUGGCCCCUAUUGCUGAGUCAGUGAGUGACAUGCCAACUCUUAUUAAACUCGAUCUGUCUUCUAAUCAUUUCUUAAGUGGUUGUGCAUCAUUAUGGGCUACUCAUUUGAAGAGAAUGAAGCACCUUAAGAAUCUGAGAUUGACACGCUGCCUACUGAAAGAGAAAGAUAGGAGACUCAUCAAUGUGGCGGUGAAGGAUAUUGCCUCUCUACAUGUAGAGAUGGUUUAAAAGGCAGUGGACACUAUCGGUAGUUCGGGCGAUUCACAAUGCGGUGCGCCCUCAAGCGGUUACCAGUGAGAUGCCAAUUUACGCGCUGCAUGCUGGGUAAAAGUCAACAAGUUUUCGCGGCCGUCAUCUUUUUUUGUAGUUUGACAGUCUCUCUGGUGUCCACUCACAGUGCUUAACUAGAUAAGCAAAUACAUCACCAAGUGAAAUCUGCGGUGCACCACGGAGAUCAGAUGUGUAAGACACUUUGAGUCAACUCAAGUCGACAGCGUUUCCAUUGUCGAAAACAACUCGUUUUCUUUUCCUUUCUGAGUUAUCAAUCAUGGUCGCAAGUUUCCAAAACAUCGUACUUAUCCCUCCCUCUUUCCGCUAAAAACAUCAUCCUUUUUCUUUCCUGAACAAGGGAUACCGCGAGCUGUUAGAAACCUUUUUUAAUUCGACAACGGACAUGCGCUUUCUCUGUUUACUACAAAUACAGGUCGGAAUACUAGUUAUGCUAGUACCACUAGUAAUACUAGCAUGACUAGCUGCCAUUUUGGAAUAAUGUUGUCGACCGUAAUGUGAAAAAUAAGCCUCUCCCUGGUAACCGCUUGAGGGCACACCACGUUGUGAAUAGCCCGAAUUGUCAAAGACCUGUCUUCUCACUUGGUGUAUCUCAACAUAUAUGCAUACAAUAACGAACC